CAGAAACAAAGGUUUAAAAAACCUGAUCGGGAUUUUUUUGGUGAUGUCGGAGUUUAAGGUGCAGAACAAACUCAGACUGCAGCAGAUAGAGAGUGAAACACGUCCGUCCUCCAUCUUAUAUCGAUCGAUAUAAACAACAGCAGAUUCGCAGUCAGUCUGGUUUCCACAGCAGGACCGUGAUCCGGAGGGGACCUGAAAACCCACCAGGAACCACUCCAACAAGCGCAGGAUGAAGGUUCAGGAACUGACGAGACGCAAACUGUGCUCAGUAACAACAACAACAACAACAACAGAAAUAAAGUGCCGGGUUCAGGGAGCCCUGUGCUCAGUGCUCAGCAGUGGACUGGGGAAUCUCAGACGAGGGUCGUUUCUACUGCAGAUCCUGCCACAACGUCAUCGAGAGAACCAAAGAGGUGGUGGACCCGACCUUCACUCCAGGAUCCACCAGGAUCUCCACCAUCGGCAGAGGAAGCAGAAGGAAGAGGCCCGAGCGCGGCCGUCAGUGGAUGAUCUGUGAAGGUUUCCAGUUCAUCCUGAGGAACCAGGCCAACGCUCUGCUCAGACUGGGAGUCUCUGCUGGGAGUCACUUCAAGGACCAGGUGCUGUGGCAGCUGUGGAGACUUUACCUGCAGAAGAGUCAACAGGCCUACACCAACAACCCAGUGAGAAGCUCCACGUUUAAAGUGCGAGGUCUGGACUUGGACUCUGACAGCGUGGUGGAGUCAUCCGUCGUGUCCACCAGCGAGACAGACGGAGAGAAGAACCUGUCCAGCACGGCCGGAUCCAACGCAGAGAACUCCAGCGAUUGGUCGCUGUGUUCGGGCUCGGUGGACGUCGGCUCCUACCUGACGGCUCGGCUCAGGCGGACCCACGGUCUGAUGAGCAUGAGGAAGACUCUGGCUCUGAUCCACCUCGCUCUGAUCUGGAGCCGCGAGCCGCUGACGCUCAGCGACCUGCUCAGGUUGGUGAAUGAAGGCCACGUCCCGUACGUCAACGCCUACGAGGAGCUCCCAGAGGAGAUGAGGCUCGACGGCAGAGACGCUCUCAUCUUCAUCGUCGAGAGCGUCCCGUCCCACCGGGCGGUGCACAGCGAGGCUCAGGCUCUGGCUCUGUACCUGCAGCUGCAGGCUUUUCCUCCAAUCAGCCGACAGAGUCUGCUGCACCCGGCGCUGCUCAGCCUGCGCUACCUGACCGACGCCAACCUGCCCGAUGAGCUCCACCCAUGGGUCUGCAGGCUGAUGGAGUGCGCCGGUAUGGCGGAUGAAACGCUCCACACGUUUGAUCCCGUGUCUCGCCCCGUCCUGCCGCGGUACGACGUCCAGACCGCCGCCCUCAUCAUAGUCACCAUGAAGUUCAUUUUUGGCCUGGACGACCACACGGAGUGGGAUUUAUCUAAUGAGUCCAGUCUCCGUGACGACGCAGAGAACACGUUUAACCUGAGGAGGUGGUACAGACUGAUGCAGGCCGCUCUGAUCCGAGCUCAGCAGAGGAGAGACCGCCACGUCGCCAGGAAACAGUGGAAGGCGAGGAAACCUCUUCCCCGGAGCAGGAAGUCCCAGUGCGUCGUGAUGAAGAAGAAGAGGACAGCAGAGCAGGUUCAGACCUGUUUUGAGAAGCUGUCUUCCUGUCCUGUGGGGGUCCAGCACUGCGAUCGGUCCAGCUUCAGGUUCUGCUGGGGGGACGAGGACGGAGCGGACGGUCCCAGUUUGCACCACAAGAAGAUGGACAGAGUCCUGAUCCUGGAACAUGACGUCCUGACUCCCUCUAACUCCACAUACUGGCACCCGGCGCUCAGACCCUGUGACCCUCGGAAGUGCAGGAGUCACUACUCAGAGUUCGAGCCGACGUUUCCUCGGUCGUUUGUCUGGCUGCUGCAGCUCUUCUCCUUCCUGCUGGACGUGAAGCCGGCGGAUCUGUAUGACGAGGUGCUGAGGGUGGAGAGACGAGUGCUCGGCAGCAGAACGCCCCGAAGUGGACCCCUGAGGAGGAAGAGGAGGACCAGGGCCGAGACCAGGACUGAGACCAGGACACCACAGAGAUGAUGAGACAUCAGAGAAACCAGAUUAAAAAAAAACUUGAAGUAAAUUCAGAAAAGAAAAAAAACAUUCUAAUAAUUCAGUAUCGGUGCGUUCAGGGACACUCUGCUGUGAGAAGCAGCUGCUGAACACUUGGACGUUUCUGGACCGGUUGUCAGUAAACGAGUGUUAGAGCUGCACUGGUUUAAAGUUCCUCUGAAACAGUUUCUGGUUGUUUUUCCACCAACAUGACGCCAAAGAUCUGCUGCUUCAUUUCCUGAGUCUCGGCUUCUUUUUUGAUUUAAUAAGAAAAAUGGUCACAACAGUUUAUUCAUUUCUAAAGAUUUUAGUCGAUAGCGAGAACAGUCUGUCCUGAAGGUGUCUUUGGGUUUUGGACGUUGGAGGACGCUCUGUGGGAAAUGUUUGACUGUUUUUUCACCAUUUCAAAGAAUAAACUGUUAUUCUUGUUA